CCACGGCCUGGUCGAAAUCUAACCUUCCUUAAAUCUUGGUCGCAUUUGGGCAUGAUAACCUUGGACCCGGGGGAACCACACGGAAUGGAUGGAUGGUCCCAAGUGGCAGCAGCAUUUUUAGUAGUUUCUUGCCCCACGACGGUUUUUAGUUGAAAGAAGAAGAACCUCGUCCGAUUGUCCGAGUGAAUUAGAAAGCAGUGAAAGUUGGGAAAGCGGGUUGUUGUAGAAGCGGUGGUGGUGCUGGGUUUUCUCUUGAACCGGGUUCCAAAAAGUCGGUCGGUCGUGGUAUGUUUUGGUAUUUGCAGUCGAGUGAUUGACAACUAACGAUAGAAGGGAAUUGUUGAAUAAUAUCUGCUGAGCAAAUGUCCGAUUUUUCCUCCGUGUGCUUCUUCAUUGUUCCAAAACAAUCCGUUUUCUUCUAUUUAAAAUACUUUAGAAGUAAGUUAAAUGGCGUCGACGACUAAUAAUAUACACACGACGACGACAACUAGUCAUGUCGUGGAUGGGCAGCAGCAACAGCAGCACGGUCAGCAGUUGACCGUGGUUCAGACGUCGCCGCAAGUACAGAUGGUUAAUUCGACUGGUCAGUCACAGCAGCCGAUAAUGGUCCAAACAAUUGGUCAGCCGGGUUUAGCUCAAGCUAUUCAAGUUUUACCGAUUGGAAAUUUUACGAAUAUACAGGGAGCACAAAUUAUUCAAACGGCGGACGGACAAGCUUAUAUCUAUCAGCCGGUAAAUGUUGAUGGGUCAAAUAGUCAACAAGCGACACAAAAUACCUUACUUGGAAUUAACGGAUCUAUGAUUCCAAUCAAUACGUCAAGUGGUGGGGGUCAGUCUACGAUAACAUUACCAACCUCGAUGGUUGGCGGCUCAAAUAUUAUGGUACAAUCGACGGGAGGAAUGCCCAUUGCGCGGAUGCCUAUUCAAACUCCUACAGAAUUACUGGAAGAGGAGCCUUUGUAUGUGAAUGCGAAACAGUAUCAUAGAAUACUAAAAAGACGCCAGGCCAGAGCAAGACUGGAGCAGGAGGGAAGAAUUCCAAAGGAGCGACCAAAAUACCUUCACGAAUCUCGCCACAAGCAUGCCAUGAAUCGAGUUCGAGGGGAUGGUGGAAGAUUUCAUUCAGGAUCUGUCAAAGGGGAAGGAUACGAUGAGGAGGAUGAUCUCAGCGGACAUCACGCCAGUAGCGAUCCAACAGAGGGGUCACUUAUACUCCUUUUGUAAUACAGAAAAAGAAUCAUAAGACGUUGGUUGAAGGUCUUGGAUAACAUUCUCCUUACACACAGACAUUCUACCAAGUCACCCAGUAACACACCCCCAACGGUGUAAGGAUAAUUUUAUUUUGGAGCUUCAACAACUGUAAUGAUUCCGUAAACUUUAUAGAGCAAAUUAUUAAUCUACUACCAUGUUUACAAAUGCCUUGCCCCCACAAUAUCCCCUUCCUAUAAUUGAACCACUGGAUUUAUUAGGGUCCUUAACUUAAUAAAAAAAACUCUUGUAACCAUUGGAAGGAAUAUUUAAUUUCCUUCACAUAGUAGGUCAGCAGAGCAGUCUACAUAACUCCGAAAAGACGCAAUUGGUGCAGCUUAUCAUAUUAUCUGCGCUGGUUUCCAAAACGAAAAAAUUAUAA